GCUAGGGAUUUUGGCCGCGAGAAGGAAGGAAGCGAGAGAGCGAUGGCAGCGGCGGCGCACGUCAGUGCUUGCUCCGCGGUGUCGACGGUGUGCUCCUCCUCCGAAUCGAAGAAUGGCGCCUACAGUAAGCAGAGGAGUGUGUUUCUAGGUAGCAAUCUCCAGGGACGGAGUUUCUCCGGGAGUUUGUAUGCGCGAAUGAGGCGCCAGGCGCAUCGCGGCGGCAGAGUUGGGGGUCCUUUGAGGGUCGUGAGCGAGAAAGUGGUGGGCAUUGACCUGGGAACCACGAAUUCGGCUGUGGCGGCUAUGGAGGGCGGGAAGCCCACCAUAAUCACAAAUGCGGAGGGGCAGAGAACCACACCUUCUGUUGUUGCCUACACGAAGAAUGGCGACAGGCUUGUGGGUCAGAUUGCCAAGCGCCAGGCAGUGGUAAAUCCCGAGAACACAUUCUUCUCCGUGAAGAGAUUUAUCGGGAGAAAGAUGUCCGAGGUGGACGAGGAGUCCAAGCAGGUUGCGUACACUGUUAUCAGAGAUGAGAAUGGAAACGUGAAGCUCAAUUGCCCUGCGAUUGGAAAGCAAUUUGCUGCCGAGGAGAUUUCAGCUCAGGUUUUGAGAAAGCUGGUCGACGACGCUUCCAAGUUUUUGAACGACAAAGUGAACAAGGCUGUCAUCACUGUUCCUGCUUACUUCAAUGAUUCCCAGAGAACUGCCACGAAAGAUGCUGGAAGAAUAGCUGGUCUUGACGUGCUUCGUAUCAUCAACGAACCAACCGCGGCAUCUCUUGCUUACGGGUUUGAGAGGAAGAGUAAUGAGACAAUUCUCGUCUUUGAUUUGGGCGGUGGAACAUUCGAUGUUUCAGUUUUGGAAGUCGGCGAUGGUGUGUUCGAAGUGUUAUCAACAUCUGGUGAUACACACUUGGGUGGAGACGAUUUUGACAAGAGGGUUGUCGAUUAUCUCGCAGCAAAUUUCAAAAAGGAGGAAGGUAUUGAUCUAUUGAAGGAUAAGCAGGCGCUUCAAAGGCUGACGGAGACCGCUGAGAAGACAAAAAUUGAGCUGUCAUCACUUACACAAACAAGCAUAAGCUUGCCUUUCAUCACGGCGACUGCGGAUGGGCCGAAGCAUAUUGACACAACUAUGACUCGGGCUAAGUUCGAGGAAUUGUGUUCAGAUUUGCUGGACAGGUGCCGCACGCCAGUGGAAAAUGCUUUGAGAGACGCAAAGCUGACAUUCAAGGACAUUAAUGAAGUUAUUCUUGUCGGCGGUUCUACUCGUAUUCCAGCUGUUCAAGAGAUCGUAAAGAGAAUGACUGGCAGGGCCCCAAACUUGACUGUCAAUCCCGAUGAGGUUGUUGCAUUAGGAGCUGCUGUUCAGGCCGGUGUUCUGGCUGGAGAAGUCAGCGAUCUAGUGUUACUGGACGUGACUCCUCUGUCAUUGGGCUUGGAAACGCUCGGAGGCGUUAUGACGAAGAUCAUCCCCCGAAACACCACCCUUCCAACGUCAAAGUCCGAGGUGUUCUCCACGGCCGCCGACAGUCAAACGAGCGUGGAAAUCAAUGUUCUCCAGGGCGAAAGGGAGUUUGUCAGGGACAACAAGUCCCUGGGAAGCUUCAGGCUGGAGGGCAUUCCUCCGGCUCCAAGAGGCGUGCCGCAGAUCGAGGUGCGGUUCGACAUCGACGCGAACGGCAUCUUGUCAGUAAGUGCGACUGACAAAGGAACCGGCAAGAAGCAAGACAUUACGAUCACUGGCGCCAGUACUCUUCCACAAGACGAGGUGGAGAGAAUGGUGAACGAGGCCGAGAAGUUCAGCAAGGAGGACAAGGAGAAGAGAGAGGCAGUGGACGUGAAGAACCAGGCCGACUCGCUGGUGUAUCAAACCGAGAAGCAACUCAAGGAGCUGGGCGACAAAGUCCCGGCCGACGUCAAAGGCAAGGUGGAAGACAAGGUGAAAGCACUCAAGGACGCCAUCGCCAGUGACAACACGCAAAAGAUCAAGGAUGCCACCGCCGACUUGAACCAGGAAGUGAUGCAAAUCGGCCAGUCCUUGUACAGCCAACCGGGAGCUCCAGGUGGUCCAAGCCCCGGCGGGCCACCUCCGGGUUCCAGUGGGCCUUCUUCUUCGUCCUCGUCUAAAGGCUCCGGUGGAGACGAAGUUAUCGAUGCCGAUUUUACUGACACCAGCUAGAGACUCAACACACACACGCAACGCAAAGCAAACACGCGAGAGAUAAGUAUGGCUUUCCUUCGUUUUCUCGUCUUUCCUUCUUUUCUAUAAGCCGUGCGAGUGGGAAAGCUUCACAGAUUCCUAUGGUGUCAAAUUUUUGUUAAAUAGAGGAGGAGAAACAAAGCUUGCAAAAAGUUCUGAAAACAAUGUUAUGAGAUUAUCGACAUUUCUUCUAUAUGGGAAAAGGAGAAGAGUUUGUUUA